GUUUCAGGAGUAAAUUUCAAGAGCAAGUAGAUCAGGGAAAGGCAAUCAUGGAACAGAGAGCAGCUGAUUUCCCAUUGGAUCAUUACUUAGAAUUUGAGAAAAUGAAAAAGAAACACAAGACAGUGUUGGAACAAGAACGAGCAGAACAGGAAUUAGAACCAAAACCUUUUAGUAGGACCGAAAAAUUAAUCAAACAAAUCAAUGAACUUACAACUGAAGCUGAGGAAAAAGUUAGAGCUUGCAUUUACAAUAAAGCUGCAAAACCAUCUUCUGUUUUCAGUCCUGUUUCAUUGGAUGAGAGUGACAGCGGUUAUACUGAACAUCUUGUUGAAGCAAAGUUUAAUGAAGUGACAUUUCAAAAACCCAAGGGAUCAGAUUCAAAAACACCACAAGAAAUAAGGAAGAAUCAACCGAGCCAAUUAAGAAAACCAUACAUUAAUAAAUCAUUUAAUAACCCAGUCAAAUAUGGAAGACAAACUUAUGGAAGUACAACUGAAACUAUGUCUAACUUGGAAAUACCUUCCAAACAGCUUAACCAAAAGAAAUUUAAUACAAAAUUGGAUUCAUCAAAACGUAAUCCACGUUACAUCUCGAAAUCUUCAUCUCUAAGCAUUCCUGAAAGUAGAAAUAUUAGAGAAGAAUUUCCAGAGCCGAUUUAUGCUAAAACUAAUUGUCAUUAUUGCUUGUGUGCUAAAGAUAAAGGCAUAGGAAAUCAUUUGAAGCAUUUAAAGGAAACUUCUAAGAGAGACCAAUGUCGCCACAAAAGCAACAAGUUAUACAUUGAUGAUAGUAGUGAACAAUUAAACGCUACAUAUAAAGAAAAACAUUAUAAUGACGUUUCUGUAAAUACUGAUCCUCUAUUAUUAAGACCUAAUACAAAUUUGAUUAGUGUAGUUUCUUCAAAAGAGGAAAGGAGUAACAAAACGAAUGAUUACGCCAAAAAGUUGUGCCAAAUUCAAGAGCUUCCAUUAGUUGUUAUUCGUCCUAAUUUUACAAAACAAGUCGGACCUAUAAUAGAUAUAAAAACCACUAUGCCUUCGUCACCAAAAAACAAUGUUGCUGUUGUGGAAUGUAUCCAUGGAGGAACCACAGCUAGAGUCAAAGAGAAUACCUCAGUUAAUGUCAUACAUGAAUCCGGUAUAGAUUCCGCAUCACAAACAGUCAAUCCUCCUGCUGUCCAUUUUAAAAAUUCUAGAGAUCUUAAAUUAUUAAAAGUUACUAAAGACUUGUUAGGAAAAUUAAAUUUUAAAGAUGGGACGAAUGUGGAGAGGUUGAAGAGAUCAUUGACCAGUUUAGUCACACUAUUGAAUCAAAUCAGCCCCAUUCACGUGGCCAACCUCAGAAUUAGUAACCUUGAUGCAGGCUCGGCAAGUGAGAGUAUAGAUACUUUUUUUUCUAACAUAGAUCUAGUGACCGAAAUUAUAGAAAAUGAAAUUAAGAAACCAACAGGAAGAUAUUGCGAUUAUCCGGAAUGUUUAAUUAAAGCUGUAGAUUUAUUGUGUGGAAAUAUUAGAUCUGUCUUUGUCAUAGAAGAUGUUCGAAAAAGAACUUCUAAGCCAUGUACGACUAAUGGAUCAGGUGAAGAAAAGAAGAAAGUUAAAAAGUCUUCAGUACCUAGCAUAAGAAAACAAAUAAGUAAGACAACUCUAGUUUCACAGAAAACAUCUGUCACUUCUUCAGUUGGGACUCAUGAAACAGAAGGAAACAUGGUUGCUGCAGGUAGCAUGGGAGACAUCCCAGGACAUUUGUAUAUCCCGUAUCGUCUGCUUAUUCCAGGAGGCAAACAUAAAGCAAUGGAAGAAGCUAGAAAUUCACAAGAUAUUGAAUUGAGAUUCAAACGUUUGGAAAAGGUUCUUGAGAUCAAUGAAAACUUGAGAAAGGCUGUUCCGUCAAAAGAAUCUUCACAGACUGAUCAUUCGAUGCAUUCCACGAUUGAUGAAGACAAAUCAAUUUCAAAUAAAGAUGCUCAUGUUUUAAACGAAACAUUUAUUAUCAAGAGUGCUAGUGAAGAUGAAGAAGAAAGUGAAAUAAUUCAGGAAAAAAAUGAAACAAAGAUAAAUAAAGCAGACCAAGAUUAUGAAGAUGAUUGGGAAGAUGCCGAAAGCUCUAAAUCAUAUGAUGGAUCAUUGGCUAUGACUGACAUAAAUGUAGUUGCUCAAGUUCAUUCUAGCGGAGGACAAACUUCGUUAGCACAUUCCAGUCCUAAGAAACAAUUAUCUGUUUCCAGCAAAGGCUCUCAAACUGGAACUUUGCCGCCUGCAUCACGUUCAUCCUCAAGAGCGAGUCAGAAUCAUUCAAAAGAUAAAGAAGCAAAAGAUAUUAAAAGACAAACAGAACCAAUACCAGACAAUAAAAAAGUUCAUAGUGAGCUAAAAGAUGUUGAGACUCAAUAUUAUGUUGGUAAACGAGAUAUAUCAACAAUGUACUGUGAAGAGAAAAGUGAAAGUCAAAAACCAAAAGUUGAAAUACUCGAACCUAUUAAUGUCGCACCUGAAACAGGUUGUUUUACUGUUUUGAGAAUGACCAAUGCCUCUACUAAUUCUUUAUUAGAAGUACGUUUUCCUGAGCAAACCGAAAAACUCCAAAGUAGCCUUACAGUUCAAAAGACCCAUAAUAGUGAAGAAGUGAAACUUUUAUAUAAUUUGGACAAAGAUGAUAAAAUAAUUAGUCGGCAGGUAAUAAAUGAAAAUGGAUUGAAAUCUGUUCCGCCCCGAAAAGAAAUUGUAACAAUAGAACCAAUUCAGAUAGACGCUCCUAAAAAUAUUGAGAAAGUAUUUACGAAAUGUGAACAAAAUAUAGAUGAAAAAGCAUCGUUACAGAAAAAGGAAGAUAUUAACGAUUUUCAAAACAUAACAACCAAUUUUAUCCAGUUCCUGGAGAACAAGGUGACCGAAAUGGUCAAUAAGUUUAAGACAUCAGAAGUGACUUGUGAAAAUCUCUUAGACCAAAAGUUGACAAGCAGUGCAGAACGUAAAGCAUCAGUAAACAACUUACAUAUUAGUUCUUCCAAAACCAGUUUGAAAAAUGAAGUUUUUUAUAAAUCUGCCAGUUCUUUAAUUAGUACUCAAAGCAACGAUGAUUUUGGAAACUGGCUUUCUCGUAGGUGUACACCGGAUAAUCAAGAGAUCGUACCUUUUGAAAAUCUGACAAGUCCACCUGUCGGUCUGCAACUGAAAGAUUCAAAUGCGUUAAUCGAAACUUCUGAUCCACAAAAUAUGGAUCGUAGACAUAAUCUGCAAAAAAUUGAAGAUAGUAAUUUAUUUGGAAUUCCUUUCAAUUUAGUUAGGGAAAGACAAAGUAGUGAUAAUAGGAAUUCAGAUAAAUUUAACAGUGAUUUAAUAAGUGACAAAAGCUCUGAAAAUAUGAAAUUAGUUUUAAAAGAAAAGGAAAUUGACAAAGUGCCCAUUGCCAGAGGACUCCAUAACAGGCUCUUUCCUCUACCUGAAGAUGUUAAUUAUAGUAGAAGAAGCAGUUCAAAUGAAAAAGAAAAAUUAUCUUUUCCACCCGCUACGCAGUUCGAAGUAACAGCCGACAUACACGAAAGAGUAGAAAACUUUGACCAGAAAAGUACUACUGAACAGGCAGUUGAAACCUCUUCUUUGAAAAAUAAUGAAACAGGAAAUGUGCAAGAAGUGGAUAUUUCUAACAAACAGUCAAUAUCAUUCGAAGAAGCCAUUUCAGCUCUGGUGAGUGUGGAACAAAGUUUCGAUGUUACCGACAGCAUUGAAGAAAGUACUGUAAUAGUUGCAAAAACACCAACAAUUGCAUCAAAAAGUGAAGAUGAAUUAGACUCCCAAGGAACUUCUGUAUCACAUUUCGCAAAUAUUCUCUCUGCCUCUGAAAGUGGAAAUGCACCAAAAUAUACAUUUCAAGACAAGAUACUGAUUUCAGUACCAAAAGAUCUAAAUUCAAGUGUGCCAUCUGAAUCCAAAAUCAGCCAGCAAGAGCAAAAAUCUAUGAAUUCAGUAGAGGCACUUUCUAUGAAAAAGGAUUUUUCAAGAUUGUUGCCUAUUCCAGAAAAAAUUGAAAAAGAUCAACCAGAUGAAAAGCUUUAUGAUACGGAACAAGAGGCAGUUUCUAACGCUAGUGUUCAUUCUCUGUUUGUCAGUGGCCCGUCCCAUGUUGACAGAAGUCUGAAAUCUUCGGAUUAUCUUUUUAGGAAAAUGGGCAACUCUCCUGUUUUAACUCUAGAAAAUGAAUCAUCAAGCCAUGAUGAACCACCUAAAAUACCAUCCCCUACUUCUAGCAGUAUCUCUGUUGAAAAUUUGGCAUUUGAUAAUCCAUCUCGUACGUCAAGUCGAACCAUAAGUGAUACAAUAAAGGAUAAUAUUCCUAAGAAGAGACAAUUUGACAAUUAUUCUCAAACAUCACCUCCUAAAGAAGACAUCAUGAUUCAAACAUUACCUUUGAGUAGUGAAGAUGUUUCCGAAAUAUCUGAUGAUUAUAUUAAAUUAAAUUACUUUAAUCCUGAAGAAAUGUCUGAAGGAGAAAUAGGUUAUGUGUAUACAUCAAACAGUUACAGUAGUGGAGAAAUAAAACCUUAUAGUGAACAAAAUGAGGAUGAUAUUUUAACUGAACCAUCUACGGUUCGAGAAACUCCUCAGCACUUUGAAUCUGCCAUAAGUCUUGAACACGGUGAACCAAAUUUAUUGAGCACUAUAUCAGAAAAUAGGACAAUAGUGAAAAGAACUCUUACUGAACUUGGUACAUCGGAAAUGUAUGUUAUGCAUACAAAAAUAAUGGAGAGAGUUUCCACGAAAAGUGAGAAAAAUCAAGACAUUUUUUCUGUAGGCGAUCUAUUAAAUUCAAGUAAUGACAGUACAAGCACAGGAGAGCUAAAAAAACUGUUUAGCAAAGAGGAUAAAAUAGACGAAGAAAAAUUAAUAGACAUUCAUGUUCAUUGCAGCACUCGAUUUUCAUCUGAGUCUUCAGGAGGUGCUGAUUCUGUUGAAAGUAGAGAAAGCAGAGAAGAUGAUUAGCAAACAUUUAUUUUUACAAUUAUGUAUAUGUACAUUCAUAUCUUUUUAUAUGUAUUUUUAAUAAAUUUUGUAAAAUUUUUGCUAUGCUCAUUUGGGUACUUGUGAGCGUGGUGGGCUCUAUGGACUGCUA